AUUUCAUAAAAUGUGCAUGAAAAGAUUCAAUAUACCCGCGACUAGCCGAGCGUUGUUCGAGCAGUUGUUAUGCAGAGGUGUGUUUCCCCAAUCUAGCGGACCUUUUAUCUGCAAAUUUUGAUCGAGAAAAACAAUAAUGGGUCCCCAAGAGUGGCUUGGUGAAGACGAGAGCGCCAAGCAGAUGCUCGAUAGGGUUCAGACGGAGCGGCCCUUCUUGCUUCUUCCUCCUCUUCAUCGGCAAAAAUUGAAGGGAAGGCAAGGGAGGGGAGGAGGAAUACAAUGGAAGGAUAUUGUCUUCCCUUCCCCUCCCCUCCUUUCCCGUCCCUCUGUUUCCCUCAAACCAAACAUGGGACUGCAGGGUCCUUUGAUCAGAAAGAGUUCUGACAAAUGGAUUACUACUUCAGUUGUUGAAAAUUUCCAUGCCCUACCUUAUGCGCAGGUGAUCAGAGAAUGUUUCUUAAGGAAAGCAUUUGCUGACAAUCUACAAGAUCAGAGUUCAGGAGAAAGAGAAAGAGAACUGGAUUUAAACAGCUCCGAAAGGGGUGAAAGACAGUGUGAUUUAGAAUCUCAUACUGAUGGUGAUGGAUAUAGAUGCCAGAUAAACAGUGGUAUCAUGGAAGCUGCUGAAACUGGUGCUAGUAUUGAACCAACAACACAGAAUGUUAACCACAGGCAUUGUACCAAUGGUUUUUCAGAUGUUAUCAGCAGUCCCCACAAUAUGGAUGUUGAUGACUCUGCUGGAGUUCAUUGGGAAUGCAAAGCUACAAUUGAAGAUAUUAACCGUAGGGUCAAACUUAAUCCUCACAAAAUUGUGAACCCUUGCAAAGAGAGUGAUUUAAGUGUCACAAAUGAGGGUGCAAAGGUUGGUUUAUUAUCCUUGUCUUUGUCGCUAUAGUUCUUUAACUCUUUUAUUUCGUUGUUUGGCUUAGUCUUGCAUAAGAUGGUUCAAUUUUAUGAGAUCCCCUCUUAGGGUAGACAUGCAGACACUUGUUAGCAAAGCUUACCUAGCAGUUUAAGCUAUUAUAACAAGUGACCAUUUAACAUUAUAUUAGGGUUGACUUAUAGCAAAGCUACUAGCCUAUUAUAACCACUGAC